CAUCGCCAUGACGCCCAGCCUGCUGAGGGGGAUGAUCAUGAUUGCGCUUAUCAUCUCGGUCGUCUUGGCUCACUUCAACCUGUACAAGGCGCUGCGGGGACACGGAAUGCGUGGCGCAGUGGGAGAAACGCUCAGCGCGGUCUCCCUGGUCAGAUGCGCCCACACGUGUGACAAGUGGAAGCCCUCCUGCCGCGCCUUCGUCGUUCAUCUCCCCACCAAUACCUGCGCGGUUUACACCUCCUUUCGAUCCGUCCAUUUACACGAGGCCUUCGAUCUGUAUUUCGAUUUCGGCAUAUACCAGGACCUCGACUACAAAGACGAGAACGGCACACUUCUGUACUACCCACCCCUGAGCUCGGGUCCGAUAAGUUUCUACAGCUGGCCAAGUCAGUGCCAAGCCCGCUGGGGAAAAGUGUUCAUGGCCAAGACUAUGAGCGACUGGCAGUUAAUGAUUAGCAUUUUUCAGAAGGCAGGGUACUCGAACAUGUGGGUGCCGAUAAGGGAGAAUAAGAGCAAUGAAGGAACAUACUAUUGGAAUGAUAACACAGCUGGUGAGGGAGGAAGGGGUUGCACUCCAGGAGAAUUGGGCAUCACGAUUAUAGACGACGGUGGAGCAACUGAAGAAAGGACCCUGAAAAACAAUGGUUUAUAUGCUUACAUGAAUUAUAUUGACUGCGCUAUGGUUUCCGGGAACAUGACAGAGGAAGUCCAGAUAGUGAAUUGCUACAACCGUAUCGUGGGGUACAUUUGCCAAAGCGGAGUUCCCGGCCAAGAUAACUGUGGAGGUGCACCCCGAACAUUGAAUAUUUUCCCUCUCUCUCUGUCUGUUUCUGUAAGUGCCUCUCUCGUUAGUGAAUGCAAUGUUAGUCUAUUUGACUUUGAUUUCUUAUUGGUGUUAUAAGUACACAGAGAUAAAUAAGGAGAAGCAUACAAUCUGGAGAGGUAGCGCGUAUGGCUGGAGGGCAGCGUGGCCGGCCAUGGUAUCGGCAAAAGUCGCUGACAAGACGGCGAGUGGAAUUUAUAUUAUAUCGAGCGACUCGAAUCCUUGCUAUAAAAAAAGGCAUCGCCAGGGACCACCAGCUCCGCCGCUAGCGAUCGGACGCCACGAAAAGUGGUAACCGACAAGAAGUGCUACUACCAAGCGAAUUAAAACA